UCGGAGGUUUAGCGGUGUGACACACGGCUUUCACGUGGGGCGCAGUGCAAGUAGGAGCGAUUUGUAAUUACUUGUUACAUUGAGUUAGUUCAGCGGCAUCGUUAUCGGAGGGAUGCCUAAAAAAGGCAGAGCAGCAGUAAUUGGUCCCGUGAAGAAGGAUGAGGACAUGGGAGUGGCUGCUAAACACAGAAAGACGGACACCUCGAGCCCUGCAUGUCCGCUGUGCUUCGACUCUCCUGCCAGCCUCUUCCAGAGUCUGAUCUCACCCAUGACUGUGGAUGAGUUCUUCCGUGAGUACUGGGAGAAGAAACCGUUGCUGCUGCAGAGAUCAGACCCAGCACUCAUGUCUUACUACCAGUCCCUGUUUCAGCUGUCGGAUCUUAAACAACUGUGUGUCCAGGGCCUGGAGUACGGCAGAGAUCUGAACAUUUUGCGCUGUGUAAAUGGCAACAAGUUGGUGAUGAACAACGAAGGGAGAGUGAAAUACAGCCAGCUGAGAAAAGAUUUUAAUCAGAAUAAAGCUACCAUUCAGUUCCAUCAGCCACAGAGGUUUAAGGAUGAGCUGUGGCAUAUCCAGGAGCGUCUGGAAUGUUUCUUCGGGUCACUGGUUGGAUCCAACGUCUACAUUACACCUGAGGAUUCUCAGGGUCUGCCGCCUCACUAUGAUGACGUGGAGGUGUUUAUUCUGCAGUUGGAGGGUGAGAAGCACUGGCGCCUGUACAAGCCGACCGUCCCGCUGGCUCGUGAGUACAGCACAGAGCCUGAGGAGCGUAUCGGAAUGCCCACUCAUGACAUCAUCCUCAAGGCGGGUGACCUGCUUUACUUUCCCAGAGGAACCAUUCACCAAGCAGACACACCUGCAGGAGUGGAGCACUCCACACACCUCACUCUCAGCACAUAUCAAAUCAUGUCAUGGGGGGACUUGGUGUUGGACGUCUUCCCUGGUUUGAUGAUGGACUCUAUAAAGAAUGACGGCAGCUUGCGUCAAGGUUUACCCAGAAACCUCCUUACUGCUGCACACAUGGGCUCUGAGGUAAAGAAGCAGGUGUGUACGAUUCUGAGGAGUCUAGCAGAGCGACUGGAGCAGGAUGAACAGGAUCUGCGUUCCUCUGAAAUGAGGAAAGACUUCAUCUCUAACAGACUCCCGCCUUACCACUUGCAGGAGGAGGACCUCGCUCCAGUUGGAAAGCUGCCAACGCUGGAGGACUUUGUGUGUGUUAGGUUCAGAGAGCACAUUGUUCUGACCCUGGAGCCCAGUCCAGACAAUACAGAUGAAGCUAUGAAGUUGGCAGCAUUUGUGCUGCACUCACUGAGGAACAAAAGGGAGACACACAUGAUGGGGUCUCAGGAUCUCCAUGAAGAGGAAGAUGAUGUUGACGAUGAGGAGGAGGAGGAAGAGAAGACAGUACAGGGUCUGGACUUCCCCAUGUCGCACCUCCCUGCUCUACAGCAGCUCCUGAGUGGGGAGCGACUCCAUGUGGCCGAUCUGCCACUGCAGCAGGACGCUGAUAAACUGGGCCUGGUGUUGGGACUCUGGACACAGGGUUUGCUGCAGGUACAGGACCAAGCUGCCUUAACCACAACGUCAGCAGAUGGAUGUAAUUAGUACAUGGGAGAGAGAGACACGGGUGUGUGUGUAACAGGAGAGGUAUUCUUCUGGUACAUACUGUGCUAUUGUGUAGUGAUAGUGUGUGUGUCUGUGUGACGUGUAGUGAGGAUCCUCUCAGUACCAUUGUGAGAACAUCACCACACACACAGUAAGUCUCCUGUCUUCAUUGUGUGAUUGUUUCUGUUAUGUUCUGGGAUCUGAUGUCCACAGAUAAAAGGCUAGAAACUGGACAUGUUUCA